AUGAGCUUCGAUUCUCAUCUCCUUGUUCACCCGCAGGUGGCCGUGAUGACCUGCGUGGCGAUCCUCCUGCUCAGUUCCUCCGUGUCGGGGGAACAAGACCUGCCCAGCGACGCCGUCUUCGAGGCCGUGAAGCUCUUGAAGGACCUCUCUACGGAGGGGAUUUUUGCCAGGAAAGAGGAGGGGGAGGCGGUCGCCAGGGACGAGAGGCCGGGGGGAAGGCCGAGCACUCCGCGCCCUCCACAACCCCCUCGAAGCACCCCGAGACUCCCCUCCCGCAAGAGGGGUCGGCAAGGCAGCGGGCGCUCGCCACCGACCCCCAAGGCGAACCUCAAAGUCGUGGGAGUUCGAGUGGACGCCUCGAGUAACUCUAUCCCGAUGGAGAAGCUCCUCGGAGCUGACACUUCGCGGCACGAAAAGGCCGUGGCCAGGGAGUCCUUCGAGGGUAUAUCGGAGCGCAUGGACGUCGACGAUCCAGACGUACAGAAAGUGUCCACGGAGGUUCGCAGUGGACGGCGCGGACGGGUGCGUGUGGUGACUCUGCGGCGCCCAUUGUCCGUGUCAGAAGUGCGGGAGGAGCCACCCCUUGAUUUCACAUCCUUGAACUUGAAUAACGUAAACUCCUUUGGAGGUUUUGGGAAACGUCUUACACCUUUGAAAUCAAGUGGUCUAAGACCGUUAACUUCUGUGGAAGCAGAUGACAAGGACUCGGCUGCCCCUGCCAUUAAUAGCGUGCCUGCAUCAACAUCUGCUCCUUCAGGCACAAGAACCCGGAAUCGGCGUCCCAACGUCGCUGUCACAACAGAAGGUCCAAGAGCUGUAACAACAACGAGAGCACCGAGUCGAGGAAGGUUCAGGCCGACCAGACCUCCGACUGCGUCUCGCACGAGACCAACCACGCCUGCGCCCGCCUCUCCCACGCCAGAGGGACCUCCUGCCACGACAUUCAGGCCCAGCAUCACAACGACACUAUCUGGUCUCCUGACAACUGCUCAAAGGGCUACAACAACAAAACAACCCCGCGUGACAUUCCCCAGCAGUUCGAGAGGUAGAGGAACCACCAAACGUCCUCAGUCCUCAGUUCAGGGAACUACGACCACAACACAACCUUUUUCACCACGACGCAGAGGGCCAGGAGCUUCACGAGCAAGCACUGCAAGACCCAAACUUCAAGAAUCUGAUGAUGUGUCUGUUGAAGAAGAGGAAAUUUUCAAUGUGUUGAAGGACGUACAGCGUAUCUCAGCACCAAGACAGCCAACCAACCCUUCAGCUGUGUCGAACAGAGACCCUCCUCCAUCUCCUACUCCUCCUUCAAACCGUCCUCUGUCAUCUGCUGGGGGCCUAAGGCCAGUGAGACCACCGCACUCUCCGUCUCUCACUCCUGUUGCUUUUAAUUCUUUGCGUCCAAGCCCUGUCACUCCUGAAGGUGCUGUCUCUUUGUCAGGCACAAAGGACCAGCAAAACCUUCCACCCUCCACUUUCAAACCUCCACUUGGCACGACCUUCACCAAGUUCUCCUUUGGUCAAGCGAACUUCAAUGUUGUGUCAAACUCUGCUUCUCCCCCGCAGUCACCACCUACACCAGGAACCUCUUCUGCUACACCUUCCCCUGAUGCUUCAUUUGCUACUUCCCCCAGACCUUCAGUCACCUCCCCUAAUUCUUUCGUUUCUUCCCCUAGACCAUCAGUUACGUCCCCCAAUCCUUUUGUUUCUUCCCUUAGGCCUUCAAUUACUUCACCUACUGCUUUUGUUUCUUCCCCAAGACCAUCCUUCAUAUCUUCCAAACCUUCAGUUACGUCCCCUACUGGUUUUGUUUCUUCCCCAAGACCUUCAAUUGCGUCCCUAAAUUCUUUCAUUUCUUCCCUAAGACCCUCAGUAACGCCCUCCAAUCUUUUUGUUUCAUCCCCUAGGCCUUCCGUAACAUCAUCGAAUCCUUUCGUUUCAUCUCCAAGACCUUCAGUUUCUUCUGUAACACCUUUUGUUUCUUCCCCUAGACCGGUAGUAACUGCUUCCAAUCCUUUCGUGUCCUCCUCUAUUCCUUUCAUUUCUUCACCUAGACCUUCAGUCCCGUCGCCAACUUCUUUUGUUUCUUCUCCUAAACCAUCCAUCACUUCUCCUACAUCUUUCUUUUCUUCUCCUAGACCUUCAAGCACAUCUCCAAAUUCCUUUGUUACAUCCCCGAGACCCUCGAUCACAUCGGCUAAUUCUUUAGUUACAUCUCCCAGACCUUUUAUAACCUCUGCUCAACCUCAGGUCACGUCCCCUAGACCCUUCAUUACAAGUCAACGACCCUCUGUCACGCCAUCUAAUCCUAAACCCUUUAUUUCAUCUCAGCCUCCUGUCAGACCUACCAAUUCAAAUCCUUUUGUUACAUCUUCUCGUCCUUCGUUCUCGUCACCAAGCCAGGCUGGCACACCAUCUAAUGCUUUUGGUAUUCCUUCAAGUUUUGGGACAACUUCUAGUUCUGGUACUUCCUCACCUUUUGGUACAUCUCCUAGUAUCUUCCAUACUUCCCCUAGUCCUUUUGUUACAUCUUCAAGGCCGUUUGUCACAUCAUCUAAUACUUUUCCAUCGUCUCCUCUUGUUGCCUCUCGCCAGCCAACUGUGACAUCCUCUCAGCCUGCUGUUACUUCGCCUCGUCUACCUGUCACUUCUGCUCGUCCUGCUGUUACCUCCCCCCGUCCAGUUGUCACUACUUUCCGUUCCAAUGGUGCCCCUCGGACUUCUGCAAGCUUCUCAUCCCAGCCCCUGUCAGCACGACCAACCACUGUGGUAGCUCUAAAUCCACAGCAAGGAUCUAUUUCUAACCGCCCGGGUGAAACCGAUACACUCCAUAACACUCCGAAGACACCUUUCAGAGGAUUUUCAUUCCAGUCCUUCCAUCCAGGAUCAUCUUCAAGUACUGCAUUCCAGCUUGGUGCUUCAGAAAAAUCAUCUAGGAAUGAACUCAGAAAAUUACCUUCAACACCUUUACCUCCGCACAACCCACCUCAAGUAUCCCACUCUCCUAUCCCAUCUACAGCACCAACUUCUUUGUCAACUUUCCCCCAAACAGCAUUCCCUGCUGACUUUGGUUCUGUCAUCCACUCAAGGCCAAUUUUCUCUACUACUCCUCUUCCUCCUGCACUAACAACCCCAAGGUUUGCCGUAACACCUUCUCCUUCACAAAUAAAUUUAGAUCCUCCCUCACCUACAACUUUCAGCCCACGACCUUUCCCCCCUCCACAACCUUCACUUCAACCUCCACCAAGCCAUUUCGGUUCUUCUCAGGCUCGCCCUAAUAUUCAGUCAAUCUCUACAGAACGUCCAAAACUUCCUUCUCUGACCUUCACGGCUCCUGACUCAUUCCAGUUCCUCAAAGUAUCACCGCAAGGGGAAGUUAGCACUCAGAGUUCAGGCACUACACAACCGCAGGCAACGACCUUCAGAGGCCCUUUUCUUCAGUUCUUUUCUACACCUGGGUCAUCUACCACACCUUCUCCCUUCCAGAGAACAUCAAAUGUUCAGAGAUUCAACUCUCCUUCAAUUUCCACUUCUCCAAGACCAACAACUUUCACAUCAUUCCAGGACCCACGUGGUCGAGCAUCGCCAGCACCUACCGUUGGAUCCUUUGUGCCUACAUCUCUUCCAGGGAAUCCUCGCAGUUUCCGGUCUACAACUACUUUGCCACCCUUCCUUGCUGCUUUUUCUGUCUCUUCAGAUGACUCAGAAAAACUCCGAAAUCGCGCACCGGAGAAUACUCUGCCUUCGCCACCUCUCAUUGAAAUCGGGGGCUUUGUUCCUAUGAAAACAUCGAAGGCAAACACAAACGACCAACCUGUAAAGCCAGCAGAGAUCUUAACGCCCCCUCCUCCACUCCCAUCAUCAUUUGGGGAUAGAGAGCCGUCUACAUCCUUUGCCCCCAAUUUGUCAACUCCUCAGCCUCCCUCUACCACCUCAAGACCUGUCGUCACCAGCCCCACCUCACAGCCUACAGUCACAAGAGAAUUCAGCCGUCAGACAACUCCAAGGACCCUGUUUAACACUGCACGACCACCACAAACUAUCACAGGCUCCAACUUCUUCCUGGAUAGUUUCAGAUCGGCAUCUCCUCCUCCAGCGACUGUAACAACUCGACUCCCACGCACCACCAGAAGACCGCGCACAACACUCCAGCCCAAGACCCAUUCCUUCAGCAGUCCGAUCACGACGACAAGGCCCAACGCUAUUUCAACCUCACCGAACCCCAGAAAAAACAACAGCUUUGAAAAGAUACAGCAGAACGAGCCGAGAAAGCAGCUCCUAUCCUCCGCUCCCAGGCAACAGACUGUUGUGCCAAAGAUAACAACAGCUUCGCCUCCUUCACCCACGAGCGCCAGUAGGAGUAAAAGCACAAGCUCCAAAGGAUUUAAGGUUCCUGCAGCGCACGCAGGGAAGUCGUUCAUAUUUGUGCGGAACGGCCAGAGCGAAUACCGGGUGGUAUGGGCGUAGUGCUUGCGCACUUUUUGGUUCAGCUGGUGCAAUAUGGACGUGCGAUGCGGCGUGAGCUUGAAUUUGCUUGCAGUGCCAGGGCUUUUGGGUCAAGACAGCUGGUCAUCGGCUCAUGGCUUGCCUCGGAGGCGCUGUCGGUGGCGGACAUGUUGGCUUGGAAUCUGGCUUUUUAUUCACCAAUGGAACAAAGGCGUGAGGCUUGAAUGUCACUAAGAAAAAGAUAAACAGGUAGAUCAAAAAGAAUCAAAUAAAAUGAACAAGCUUUAGAGGGACAGGGAAAAAAAUGAAAAUAAGUGAAAGAAAAACAAGUAGAAAUAAAAGGGGAAAAAAGGACAAACAUGGAUAACUAGAAACAGCGACCCUAAAAAAAAAGAACUAAUGGAAGAGACGAAAUGAAAUGAGUAGCAGUGCAAACAGAAGGAACCCCGCCCCCUUCCCCCUCCCGGCUCACCCCUCAGGAAGGCCAGCAGCUCGCCUAACCUCACCCAACGGACCAGUCGUCACGUCGCAGCCAUCUUGAACGUUCUCUUAGUGUCUAGUCAAAUAAUUCUGGAAGCGGAGCUGAGGCUGCAGUAUUUCCGUCUGCUUGUGUGGCGGCGAGAGCGCUCUGCGACGGCGCUCACCUCGCCCUACGGAUUUCCCUGUAUUUGUAAAUAUGAGUUUCACAUAUGUAUGUAUAUUUUAUAUGAAAUAAAGUU